AUGUUACAUUUCACUCUCACUGAGAGUGGUAAGUCAGUUUUAAAUUAUAAAGAUUAUCAAUAUACUAAAAAACGGGAGCAUAAAACUUGGAAUGAAUGGCGUUGUCAUGAUAGACGUUGUACAAAUUCAGUAUCAUUAUGUUCACAAGACAAAUUAAUUAUUUGUGAAGAAACAGGUCAUACAAUUCCAAUUCCCAAAAUUUAUUCUGAAGAAACGGUUAAAGCUAAAGUUGAAAACCCUGGUCUAGCUACAGGUACAAUAUUUCCAUCAAUCGAUAAAAUUGAUGUCAGUCUUUAUCGACGUCGUGCACAAAAUUAUCCAAAAUUACCAACAACUGUUGAAGAAAUUAAUUUAAUUGGAACAUCGAGGUUAGAUAAGAAUGGUGGUGAAUUCUUAUUAGUUGAUGACAAAUACGAUGGUGACUAUUUAAUGAUUUUUGGGUCAGAAUGGAGUAUACGUUUUUUAUCAUCAUGUUUGCUUUGGCAUUCCGAUGCUACAUUUGAUGUUCGUCCAUUAUUAUUUGCUCAACUGUACAUUAUAUUUGGUUUCAAUAAUAGAUAUAUGAUUCCAUGUGCUUGUGGUUUAACAACGGAGCAAAAUAAAAUUACACAUACUAAAAUUUUUGAUUUGAUUGCACUCUGA